AGUGGUCUGCAGGAGGUUUUAGAUGAACAUAAGAUCAGUCUGAGGAGGAGAUGUGAACGUGUGACUGAAGGAACUGAUGGAACCGGAAGUGAAACCCUCCUCAACAGGAUCUACACUGAGCUCUACAUCACAGAGGGACAGAGUGAAGAGGUUAAUACCCAACAUGAGGUGAGGCAGCUGGAGAAAGCUUCCAAGAUGGAGACCCUCCAUGACACUCCAAUCAAGUGCCACGACAUCUUUAAAGCCUUACCUGACCAACAGAGACGCAUCAGAGUCGUUCUUACCAACGGCGUCGCUGGCGUUGGAAAAACCUUCUCAGUGCAGAAGUUUACUCUGGACUGGGCAGAGGGCUCUGAAAACCAAGACAUCAGUCUGCUGGUUCUGCUUUCGUUCAGGGAACUGAACCUGAUCAAAGAGAAGAAGUACAGUCUUCUCAGGCUGCUCCACGUUUUCCAUCCAACAUUAAAGAAGGUCACAGCAGAGAAGCUUGCUGUCUGUAAAGUGUUGUUCAUCUUUGACGGCCUGGAUGAAAGCAGACUUUCAUUGGAUUUCAGAAACAGGGAGGUCGUGUCUGAUGUCUCACAGAAGUCAUCUGUCAACGUGCUGCUGACAAACCUCAUCCAGGGGAAUCUGCUUCCCUCGGCUCUGGUCUGGAUAACUUCCCGACCUGCGGCAGCCAAUCAGAUCCCUCCUGCAUGUGUUGACAGGGUAACAGAAGUACGAGGUUUCACUGACGCCCAGAAGGAGGAGUACUUCAGGAGGAGAGCCAGUGAUGAAGAGCUGUCCAGAAGAAUCAUCUCACACAUCAAGACAUCCAGGAGCCUCCACAUCAUGUGUCAGAUCCCAGUCUUCUGCUGGAUCUCUGCUACAGUUCUGGAGCACAUGUUGACCACAGAGCAGAGAGGAGAGCUGCCCAAGACCCUGACUGACCUGUACUCACACUUCCUGCUGGUUCAGACAAAGAGGAAGAAGCACAAGUAUGAUGAGGGACAUGAGACGAGUCCACAGGAGCUGACGAAGGCUGACAGGAAAGUUCUUCGGAAGCUGGGGAGGCUUGCGUUUAAACAUCUGGAGAAAGGAAACAUCAUGUUCUAUCAAGAAGACCUGGAGCAGUGUGGUCUUGAUGUCACAGAGGCCUUGGUUUACUCAGGAGUUUGUACAGAGAUCUUUAAAAGAGAGAGUGUGAUCUUUCAGAAAACAGUGUACUGCUUUGUUCAUCUGAGCAUUCAGGAGUUUCUGGCUGCAGUCUACAUGUUCCACUGUUACACUGAGAGGAAGACAAGAGAGCUGAGGACUUUCCUGGGGAAAGACUACAAAUACUGGGACUCAAAACCUUCAAAGCAUUUUGGAAAUAACAAUAGCAGCUACACAUUUCUCAAUGUCCUCCUUAGUGAUGCCAUGGAGAAAUCUCUCCAAAGUAAAAAUGGCCACCUGGACCUGUUUGUUCGCUUCCUUCAUGGCCUGUCUCUGGAGUCCAACCAGAGACUUUUAGGAGGUCUUCUGGGUCAGACAGAAAACAGACCAGAAAUCAUCCAGAGAGCCAUCAACAACCUGAAGGAGAUGAACAGAAGUUAUAUCUCUCCUGACAGAAGCAUCAACAUCUUCCACUGUCUGAUGGAGAUGAACGACCGCUCAGUACAUCAGGAGAUCCAAGAGUUCCUUAAGUCAGAGAACAGAUCAGAGAAGAGACUCUCUGAGAUCCACUGUUCAGCUCUGGCCUACGUUCUGCAGAUGUCAGAGGAGGUUCUGGAUGAGUUGGACCUGAAGAAGUACAACACAUCAGAGGAGGGACGACGGAGACUGAUCCCAGCUGUGUGGAACUGCAGAAAGGCUGUAUUGAGUUCCUGCAGUUUGUCAGAGAUCAGCUGUGCUUCUCUGGCCUCAGCUCUGAAGUCCAACCCCUCCCAUCUGAGACACCUGGACCUGAGUGUCAACAAGCUGCAGGAUUCAGGAGUGAAGCUGCUGUGUGGUUUUCUGGAGAGUCCACAAUGUAGACUGAAGACUCUGAGAUUGAGUUCCUGCAGUUUGUCAGAGAUCAGCUGUGCUUCUCUGGCCUCAGCUCUGAAGUCCAACCCCUCCCAUCUGAGAUACCUGGACCUGUGGGGAAACAACCUGCAAGAUUCAGGAGUGAAGCUGCUGUGUGGUUCUCUGGAGAGUCCACACUGUAGACUGGAGACUCUGAGACUGAGUUCCUGCAGAUUGUCAGAGAUCAGCUGUGUUUCUCUGGCCUCAGCUCUGAAGUCCAACCCCUCCCAUCUGAGACACCUGGACCUGAGUGGCAACAAGCUGCAGGAUUCAGGAGUGAAGCUGCUGUGUGGUUCUCUGGAGAGUCCACACUGUAGACUGGAGACU